AUGGUUCAUGUUGCACGCAGCAGAGCUGAUAAUGGCAACUUCUCCACGGAAGAAGUCCGCAAAUCAUCAAAGCCAUGCCCAUCUACCAGUCGGCUCAUCGCUUUCUCCAAGGGUCACUACAAGGAGCCACCGAAUCUGGCAGGAGGUUUUGCAAGCCUCAAUAUAAGCAGCGAGAAGCCUAUUCGAGCGAACUUGAUAGCGGACAGUAUCACAGAAGAUACUUUCCGAAUCGCACUGGAGACGUGGGCCGACAGCGUUCUCUAUUCUGCCAGCGCCACCUGGAUCGAACAUAAAGCGAAUGCGCGAGACUGUGUCUUUGGUCAAUUCGAUACAAACUAUGAUGCUCGAAAGCCGACUGCUUCGCCGCGAAAGCGAACAAGCCAUCUGCAAGCGGCGUCCAAGAAGAACGCACAAACGUUUUCUUUCCCGCGCGCCUACAAAGAGCCACCAGAGGUUAUCUGCUGGCUUAACCGUCUGGAUUUACCAAGUGGUCCUGAUUACAAUUAUAAAAUCCGAGCUUUUGCUGAUGCGAUUGAUAACCGAGGCUUCACCGGACAUCUUAACACUUGGGAUGAUGACGGCGGGCUAAACGGUGCGGCAAUGUGCUGGAUCGCGUUUCCUAAGCAGAAGAGGCAUGUCGACUGCGGACGGUUUAGCACCAAUGACAUUCGCAAGCGAACGAAUCCGCGGGAGAAGACCAGCGGGACGGUAAAAUUCAAGCAGCGGUUCCAGACCGUUCCAACCGUGCUUGCAGCGUUGAGUAUGCUCGAUGCUGCUGGCAACGCCGACCUGAGGGUGAAAGUCCUCAUCACAGACGUAAAGUAUGAUGGUUUCCGGUGGUCGCUGGAAACAUGGGGCGACAGCACCCUGUAUGCGGCUUCUGCGAGUUGGAUAGCGCUGGGAUUUCCCUAA